AUGGGGCAGGUUGAGAGAGCUGACCACUGGUCGCUGAAGAAACUGCGUCGUCACAUCACCAACACCCUGAAGGAGUCGAGAUUUGUGCACACAGGAGACGCAGGAGGAGACCCAGCGCCUAGCAGGGCUCAGGAGGCAGGAGACCCAGCACCUAGCAGGGCUCAGGAGGUAGGAGACCCAGUGCCUAGUAGGGUUCAGGAGACAGGAGACCCAGCGCCUAGCAGGGCUCAGGAGGCAGGAGACCCAGCACCUAGCAGGGCUCAGGAGGUAGGAGACCCAGUGCCUAGCAGGGUUCAGGAGACAGGAGACCCAGCGCCUAGCAGAGCUCAUGAGGCAGGAGACCCAGCGCCUAGCAGGGCUCAGGAGGCAGGAGACCCAGCGCCUAGCAGGGCCCAGGAGGCAGGAGACCCAGCGCCUAGCAGAGCUCAUGAGGCAGGAGACCCAGCGCCUAGCAGAGCUCAUGAGGCAGGAGACCCAGCGCCUAGCAGGGCCCAGGAGGCAGGAGACCCAGCGCCUAGCAGGGCCCAGGAGGCAGGAGACCCAGCACCCAGCAGGGCCCAGGAGGCAGGAGACCCAGCGCCUAGCAGGGCCCAGGAGGCAGGAGGAGGCACGGCGCAGCCACACCACGCCAUUCCUACCUUCAGCGACUUCCUCGAGUUCAUAUUAUAUAUUAAUUUGUCAGACGAGUUCGCCUCUCACUGGGCUCCAUAUUGGCAGACCUGCGCCCCCUGCAGCCUCAACUAUGACCUCAUAGCUAAGCUGGAGACUGCUAACCAAGACCUCACGCCCGUAUGGCGUCGCAUGGGAAUUAGGCUUGCGGAUACCCCGUGGUACAAUCGGUCUGGGCCUCUUAGCCAGGCCUCCCGACAGGAGACUCAGCGUGGGUACUACAGGCAGGUAUCCCCCUCUCUCAUUGGCAGGGUUUACCGCCACUACCAGUUGGACUUUCAUCUCUUCCAGUACGACAUCCUGGACGUCUUCAGACAAGCAGGACACUGCCGCACUCAAGACUGCACAGAAAUGUUCUCAUAUUUAUAACAAAUGAUACUGAAAUGCAUCAUAAUUUUCAAUUCUAUUCAAAAUAAUUAAGUUAAUUGGCACUAAGAAAUUAUUGUAUAUAUGAUAAACAGGCUGUGCAAAAAUGAUCUCAUAACUAUUAUUAAUAAUGAAGUACAUAUUCCAUAAUAUUGAAGACUGAUCAUCAAAAUUAUCACGUUAAUUAGUAGUAAUAAGCUAUUGUAUCUUUGAAAAACACAUUGUAAGGCAACUCGUCUGAAUUAAGAUUACAAGUAAAAUUCUUAAAUUCUGCGGUUUAACAUCUAUAUAUAAUAAUAAUAAUAAUAAUAAUAAUAAUAAUAAUAAUAAUAAUAAUAAUAAUAAUAAUAAUAAUAUAAAAUAUACAGAACAAUGUUAAUUAGCUGUUAUAGAAAGUACACAUUUAAUAAAGGCACUAAUACUCUGGAAACAUACACAACGCUUCUCCGUGUUUUUGCGAACGUUAGGCCGAGUGUGAGGCUUUUUAUUCUUACCGUGUUCUUGUAUAAGUGAACAAGUUUAAGUUCAAGUACGUUUAUUGAGACAAGAAAAUACAUCUCGAGGGGAUAAAGUAGCUUAGGCUAUUUCUAACCCCCCCCCUCUAGUAAGUGAACAAUGUCCGUGAAGAUAUGUAAGCUUAGUCACU